UUUUCCUCGAGGCAAAGUGAAAUCCCGGCGCGCUCGCACCCGCGGAAUAUAGUCCCCGUAUUCAGCCGCUCGAACCGUUAACGGAAAAGUAGUGGCUGGAGCCCGGCGGUCUCGCGGCUCGAAGGCGUCGGUGUGGCGGCAACGCUGAGGCCCUGAGCCGGCCGACCCCUUGCCCGAUUUGUUUUCGGGAGAGUUUUGUGAAAAAUGGCGUAAAACGCACUCGUAAAAAGCAUCCACGCCAGCAAUCGCACGCACACAAACAACUAACUUCAAAUCAUUUGGAUUCAAAGUGUCUGAAAAAGUGCUUUUGAAGUCCAGCCAUGGAGAUGCAAAGCCUUCAAGAGGCGCUGAAAGUAGAAAUCCAGUGUCAUCAGAAACUAGUUGCACAGAUGAAGCAAGAUCCACAGAACGGAGAACUUAAGAAGCAGCUCCACGAAAGACAAUCCCGAAUAACAUCCCUUAGCGAGAAGCAAAAGCUUGCUCUAAGAAGUUGCCCUGUUGGAAGUACCAAACCUAUUCCACUCAUCAAAGCACCCAACCAGAGCAUAGCAAUUUCAGUGGUGCCAUCUAAGAAUCCGAUCACCAUGGUGACUGCACAUAUUAAUGGACAGAAGGUGGCAAGCACGGAUCCUCCACAGAUGGCCCCGGUUAACCUCCAAACAACAAACAAACUAGCAGGGAGCAAUUUGAACUCCACUGGGAGGAGAGUACCCGAAACGUCAAGCUCACAGACGCUGGGAACUAUUACUGCAGUGCCCAUUAAGGUCCCCCAGGUCAGCUCAUUGCAGAGGUUGGCGGGCCAAGGACCAGCAGUGCUACCUCAGGUUAGGCCAAAGACCCUGAUUCCGGACAGCCUCUCAGUCACACUGUGCCGUGACCAGACCUCCAGUCAGCCUCAGUCUCUUCAGAAGGCCACUGUAGUUAGCAUCAAGAAUCCCAGUCCUGCUCUUCCUACUGCCAACAACACGGUCAACCAUGUACAGACACCAACUGGCCAAACACAACAUUUUGCAGAUUCGCCAUUGGUCUCCACACCAAUCAGCAGUGCUGGUGUGGCUUUUGCAAUCAUUUCUGCUUCUCCAAACAAUGGGAGUUCCGUGAGCAGCAGUACAGUCUCUCUGACCAGUGACACUAUCAGUGUCCAACCUCUUCUACUCAGCACAGACAAGGUGUUAAUCAUUCAGCCACAAAGUCAGACCCAAUCAGAGCACCUGACUGAGAAAAGGAAAACUUCAGGAGAACAGUCUCAGGGCCAUCUUUCCACAAAAUCAAAGAGAGAAGAAAAUCCUGAGAAACUUGCCUUUAUGGUAUCACUAGGCCUGGUUACAACAGAGCACCUGGAAGAAAUCCAAAGCAGGCGCCAGGAAAGAAAGAGAAGAAGCACAGCCAAUCCAACAUACAGUGGAUUGUUUGAACCAGAGCGUAAGCGAAUCGCAACGAGCUACCUGAAUGGUUCUUUAUAUGUUUCCACAAGAGCCAAUGAGGACCUUUGUUGGAAGGAUGAUAUCCAUGAGGAUUACUGUACAGUGUGCAAGCGUAGUGGUCAGCUACUUCUGUGUGACACUUGCUCUCGUGUCUAUCACCUGGAAUGUUUAGAGCCCCCCCUCAAGACCAUUCCCAAGGGGGUGUGGGUCUGCCCCAGGUGCCAGGAAAAGGUAUUAAAGAAGGAAGAUAACGUAUCGUGGCCUGGAACUCUCGCUAUCGUCCAUUCCUAUCUCGCACAUAAAGCGGUGAAAGAAGACGAGAAGAGAAAGCUAUUGAAACGAGGGAGUGAAUUAAAGAGUGAACAUGAACAGCUGGAGGUGAAAGACAGGCUGCUCAGUAAUGCUGUUACGAAAUGUUUAGAAUUGAAAACAAAUCUCAUAGCUAAACAGAAAGGAACCCAGGCGUCUCUGGAGCGUGUGAAAACCUUGAUUAGACUGAUGCAAAGUGAGCAAGUGAUCCAGGUUACAAUGAUGACAACCACAGCCACCUCUCGAGCAUCUCCAUUGGUUUCUCUCCCUUGGAUCAAGCCUUCUGCUGCUGUAGGGACCCCUCCAGCCACCUUGAAGCAGCAAUCACAAGGAAAGAACUAGAGAAACUGGACAAAUCCUUAUUUAAUUGCUAUCAUUUGGGAAUAUUUACACAAUAUUUUUGUGUGGAAACAGUGGGGUUUCAUAACUUAACAAUGCAGUACAGUAUGCAGAGACUGUUGGAACAAAAAAAAUGCACCAUGUAGGUAGUUUGUACUGUGACUGCAAUCCUUUAAGCUACUACUUUGAGAGCUGAAGAUAUUUUAAUUUUUUGAGUUUUAUUUUUAUGUUGGCCUUAACCUCCUGAUUCUGGAACCAGAAAAUGGCCACUGAAAAAAGGAGUUUUUGACAUCCCCAAACAGGUGUUUUGAACACCAGUUUGCCUCAUUGGAGAGAGAAGAAAACAAUGGAACACACUGCAGUAGAUUGACAAUUAAUGCAACAAAGCUGUAAUAUAUUAAGCAUUUUCCUUUGAAAUGGGGGUCUGUUUUUUAAGGACUGUACAUUACUGUAACUAAGUUCAAACAUGCAAGACAAUGUCUGACAUAUUUAUUCAGGUGACGCGCAAAAAAUUGUUUUAUUGUGUAUGUAUGGGUCUUCAGAGCAUUCAAACAAAGUUUAAUUUUUUCAGUAUUAAUAUAGGUAAGAAACAUAUUUAAAAUAAAGUAUGAGGUUAGUAUUUAAGGUGGGAUACUUAGUACAGUAUUUUCCUGCUGAUGCCUAUGGAACAUGUUUUAUCAAGUAUUUAAAGGAUACAAAUGCAAAACAUUUUUUUGCAACUUCUUAUUGUUGACAUUUUUGUGCAGAUCAAUUCUUAAACCUAUAUAGUAGGUAUUUUAGGGAAGCCAUGUUUUCUUUUUUUUAACAAAGUACUUUAUUGGUUUGCCAGAUUUAUAUUUAAAAAUGCCAAAAAUGUGUUUCUUCCUUCUCCAGUACUGUAUUUGUAUCACGGAAAAGUGACAGUUUAGCAAACUCUGGGAUAGUGACCACAUUUGGGGAGUUGGGGACAGGGGUGCAAGGACGAGGUGAUGUUGCUACAUGGUACGUGAAACUGCCUCAGAAUCAUAACAAAUAAUUGGCAUUGAAAAUAUCAAUGCUGGAGUCAAGGGACACAAAUUUGUAAAGGGUUAGCAGUUUUCUGUGGACCUUCUUACCUUUCCUAUUUAGUAAAUUAUACUCCAGUAGGCUUUGAUUAAUUUAGGACUGCUACUUGAUCCACUAGCUAGUCUUCCUGACAGUAAAGGGUCUGCACCUUGGGAGGCCACAGCUAUUUGGCAUGGGAAGCUUUAGGUCUGCUCUGGCAGUGCAUUGUCCCUUCAACCAUUUUCACAAUUCCGGGAAAAACUGUGCAGUGCAAUGCAAAUCUAUUUUAUUACAGUCAACACUUCAAUGAACAAGAUUUUAUAUUCUUUUACUGGUGAACAAAAAUAAAGAGAACCAUAAGAUGCUACUGGUUUAAUACCAAUAUGCAUUCUGAUGUGAUUGCGAUAUAUAUGUUCUAGGUUAAAUGUUUUUUGAUGACUAAAGAAACAGCAAAUUUGUUCAGUUGUAAAAUAUUAAACAGUUGAGAUUUUUGGGGAGGGAAGGGUGAAAAGAGAAGCCUUGCCCUGUUAGCAUAGUUGUUCAAAGGAGCUGUCCAGUGGAUAGUGUGCAUUGAAACAGAAUUCAUCCUAAUUCUGCCAAUGUAGUUAUUUUUAAAAAAGAAUUAAAACUGAAUUGUGAAAUCUGCUUGUACAUGCUUUUAUGGAACCAUUUGCUGUAAGGUAACUUCAUCCCAUAUUCCAGUGAAAGAAAUGCAUUGACUUUUAUAGCAUAUUUGAACAAUCAAGCCACUUAACAUUGCCUUUAGAGUGCCCCAGUUGCUGAAUUCAAGCUAAUAUUUCCAGAAUAUUAAAUAUUUUCAUUACAGGAAAAAAACACAGAAGAAUACAAAUAAUAUCAAUGAUCAAACCUCGCUCUUUCUAUGUUGAUGAAAGAGACUAAAAAUGACAUCUGUCCUGCUGGCUCCUGUGACCCCUCAAUUUGAUUGUUAAAUCAAACGUACAAUGUGCCAUCUCUGUUCACAGCAAAGUCACCCCCAACCCCACCUCCCAUAUGAAGUAAAAAGCAAAUACAUGUGGCUGGAGAAUAGUUGUCUCCCUGCCAUUCUCUUUUGCUUAGGCCCAUCCACGAAUUGAUAAUUUCUUUCGCAGAAACGCACUGAUUAUUUCUGAUGUUAAUCACCUCACAAAUCUCUCAAUUUUACAUUCUGACAGAGUAUCAAGUUCAAUGCAUGCAAGUGAAGUGUAUAAAUUUUUGGUGAUUUUUAAUUUAACUAAUGUGAAAUAAUUUUAGUAUUUUACUUGAACAGGGUUCUUUCAAGCUCUACUUUAAAAAAUACAUAAUUUUAAAAUAUAGAUAAUAAAGCUGCACUUCAUAGUUUUCAGGGUGAAAUACAAUAUAUUGUACUAGUAUAGUGGGGCUCCUGUUUGUAGAUACAUUGAAGAAUUAUACAGUGCCCAUACUGUGGGUGAGUUUUUUUAAUGCUCAACUGCUCCUGCGAUACUUGACUAUAAGAUGGAAUUUGUAAAAAGACAAGAAUUCCAAAAGUAGGAAAGCCAAAAAAUUAACUCGCUCAAUUCUAAGUCUGGAUAUCUUCUGUGUGUUCGGCCUUGUCCUUUUUCUCCCAUUUUCCAAUCAGAAGCAUUUCUCAGGUAGAGACGAACCAAAAUAGAUGAUUGGAGUGCGUGGUAUUUUAAGGCCCAAUAGCUAAACUGGAGCUGUACCUUUUCAAAAAAAAACUAUUUACUCCUUUUUACUACAACUCAUUUUAAACCUUAAAGGAGCAAUCACUUACCAUACUCUAAACAAUUCUUGUAAUUUGAUAGUAGCUCUCUAGCAAGUGCCACUAUUUAAUUUUACUAAAGUUUUAAUGCAUAGUUUUUAUUUUUGAGUAGGUCGUCUAAAAUUAAGUUAGGUGGGAGAAUAAAUUUGUGAUUUCAUUGUAUGCUAAAGUUUGUUACACAAGUAGUAUAAGAUUCUACAUUAUUACAGGGUGGUUGUGUAGAUCUUUAUCAAAAUACUUAAAAAUAGUACUGUAGUUUCAGGUUUUGAAAAUCUUUACUUUUUUGCUGGAAUGUUCCUUAAGAUUUGCUAACAAAAGUCAGCUACUGGUAUAAAUGAAAAAGAAUCUGAAAUAAAUCAGUUGCAUAGUAUUUUCAACAUGCUGCAAGCAUGCAUAAACACACUCAGGCUUCUCAAAAGCACACUGCGUUCAGUGCAAAGAUUUUGACAGCAUUCCAAAUGUGUAGUAGUGUAUUGAAUGCGUGAUCUGUUACCACAGUAGCAGAAUAAUCUUGCACUAACUAUCCUUAGGUGCCAUACAUAUAAGAGCCUUAAGUAACAAAUUUUUGUUGCAGUUAUUUUAAUAUCCUAUUACAUAUUAAUGGAUAACUGAAUGAUGGUCAAGGAUAUCACUGAAGCAUUGUUAUAUUCAUGCCUUCUAUUAUAUUGCAAAAUGAAAGGACUUUACAGAAUAUUUCACUUCACCAGAAGAAAUAAUAUGCAUUCAUCACCUGUUUAUUCUGUUUUCAUGGUAUAGCCUUCCACAAAACCUACAACACACUAUUUCAGUGCAUAUAAUUUGUUUUUAUCUACCGGUUAAGUGAGUUAUCUGAAUAAGUAAUCCACAACUGAUGCAGAAACUGCUAUAUAUGGACAGCAGAUUAAUUUUAAAAGAUGCACACUAACAAAUUGUAUUUAAUUUAUGCUAUGAAUAUAUUUGAUUUUUUUUCUUCUAUGGGCCUUUUUAAAAAAAAAUCCCUUAGCCAACAAGCAUGCAGAGUGCCUUUAAAGGCAGAAAUUUAAGAAGGGCGAGAAAGCACAGCCACACCACCUCAUAGUACAUUGUAAAUACAAUUAGGGGAAAAAGAAACAUGAUAGUGCUUGUGAUCACAUUACAAUUGAAUGGGUUACUAGGUUAAUUGAUGUACAGAAAAUACAGUAGAGAGUAGGAUGCCUGCUCUUCUAGUUUAAAGAGGUUCACUUGGCAGAGCAGUGCUAAGCAAAUUAAUGGAACUGAGAAACAUUGUCACAGUUGUUUAUUGUGUAAAAGAAAUGUCUUAAAUAAACUGGGACAAAGAAAAAAGAGAAAAAAUUAAAAAUUAACAUUGUAUCAUCGCACAAAUGGUCUUUAUUUUUUCUGUUUUCGCUUUGAGUUUUGUCACACUGUUGAAUGUGUUUACCAUGAUAGUUCAUGAGGCUAGAAGUAGAAAUUCAAAUGUAGAUUACACAUUGCAUCUUAGUUUUAUGUGAUAAUUUCUAAAUUGCAACUGCUGUGAAUCCUCCAUUUGUACAAAUAGCCUGAAAACGAGAAUUGCCAGUAUUUUUUCCACUGCUUCCUAGUACCUUCCAUUCAUUUAUUUUAUUAAAAUCACAUCUAGGUUCAAAAAUUUAGUUAAAUAGAAAAAUGCAAUCUGUGCCACCUUUCUGUAGUAUUGCAUGCUGUUCCUGGUUACUAAAUUUGAUUUGUUCUGACUCUUUACCUAACAUAGAAGUCCAGCUGUAUCUGAAGUUUUUGCUGACAUUGCUCGUUGCUUUUGUGCAUGGAACAAAAUAUUUAGAUGGGCAUUAGUGCUUUCCUUUUUCUCAAAAUGUAAUAAAGGUGCACACUAACCACUGGAUGGGUGCUCUACUUAAAGCAAAAAGUUUAAAGUAUAUAAUUCUAAGUAAUCACUAUUGAAUGAAUAUUCUUUGUUACACAUUUGUAAGAAAACACAUCAGUAUUAUGCUGUUCUACUACUUUGUUGAUAUCUGUGUGGCUCUGCCCAUGGAAUGUGGAAGAUCAAAGUACAAAUGAUAUGUUGAGUGGAUUUGUGAGCAUUUGUUUUAAGUGUGGUAGUGUAGCAAUAAAAAAAACAUAAAAAGCAUUUUAAAAAAAAGCUUACGGCAAGAUGCAGAAAGUGUUCAGAUGACAGAUUUGUAAAUGAGUUACAUUUUUCUUAUAUAAAAAAUCCAUGUAUUUACAGAUUCUUCAUUCAUGU